AUGUUACCUGAAUCACCUUUUCUUUUCUCCUCCCGUAUAUCAGUUUUCGCAGAGGGACUGAAUGACUCCGUUAUCUUAAGAGAUAAUGUGCAUCACUUAGCUAAUUUAAGCGCAUGGCUCAAACCAGUUGCCCAAAGCGAAUCUUCAAAAUGGAAGCGCUGUUGGCGUGCGUCCGUGGAUGGCUGGGCUGCAAGUACUUUUCACAGCGGAUGUGACAACAAAGGACCAACUGUAACAAUCAUAAGAGUCGGAGGGAAAUACAUAUGUGGAGGGUACACUAACCUCUCAUGGGGUAAGCUCUAAUAGACCUUGUAACGGUUUUCGACGCCAUAUUCAUCGAGUAGGCAAACGUGUGAGAAAUUACAGUGUUCAUAUGAGAAUCUGAUGAUGAAAAAUUUCCGUAAUUCGGCUGUUCUGAAAAAAAGACAUCAAUUGUAAACUAAAGCUACGAAGCAAAGGAUUGCACUAAAAAAUUUGGGGGGCGUACCUGUCCUUAAAUUUCUCCAGAGGAUUGCUUAAGGUUUUCCAUGUAUUUGUCUGUAAUUUCUCCCGGGACUUUCCUACAGACAAAUGUAUAGAAAAUUUAAAAAAAGUGGUUCUAGGUCUUCUAGCGCACGCAACGCCCUCACUUUUUUUUCAGUAGCAUCCUUAGGAGUGAAGUUUUAGUUUAAAAUUGAUAUUUUUUUCAUAACAGCAAACACUGUAACUUCUCACGCGUUUACCUACUCGUCGAAAAGGCAAGGUCUAUUUUUAAUGGUCUAAACACCAAACAAAGCCGGCCACCUUUUAGUAUCACACCGUGGUUGCGCAUACUAAGCUGGAGGGAUUGUUGGCGUGCGGAAUCCAACCAGCCCCUCUCCGACAAUACUCUUUACUUACUUUCUCCAUUUUAACAAAACAAUGCUUGGGAAUUCGGGUUUGUAUGUUUAACACCAAUUCUGUGGGGUUACUUCAUUAGGGAAUUGUAACGUUGUUUCAUGCAAGAAAGUCAAACAAUGAUACUGUUAAGAAAAUUAACAGCUUUUUAAAUAACAGCAUGAAAUAAAACAAGUGUAAUGGGAAAAUGUUGAAUAUGGAUGUUGGAACGGGUUAGGGCUGAAUCCUCACGAAGACGACUUUCUCUCCGAUUUUCCAUGAAUAAAGCGCAGUUAAGGCGAAGUAGUAGUAUACGAGGUAAAGAAAAUUCUGUUGCACAGGGAUGACAACUUGACACUAGCUUAUCUUGCAGAACGAUGGAUGAUUACAGAUAUUCGCCGACAAUAAAAUUCUGUGCUGAUAUUUGCUACUCUAAAAAGUGGUUUUUGAGCAAAGCAUUCUGCACUAUUGUCUCAAGUGCCGUUGUAUUUAAAAAAAAUAACAAAAAUGACUAGAACGCAAGUGUGAAUUGAUUAAGGCUUAAGUUCCUAAGGCUCGCUUUCCUGCUCUUAAAACUAAAUGAAAACUGUAUAUAAAAAGUGCAAGUUAGAUGGGGAAAAAUGCCGCUUCAAAUCAAGUCUUUUUUGUUAUAGUUCACAAUAAAAAUAAAAUAAGAUAAGAUAAAAUAAUUGCCAACGAGCAGCCCCGCGAAGAACCGAGGCUGUGAGGCGGCAGCCUAAUAGAACCGUGCGCGAUUGUUCCAGGGGCAGAAUAAAUCUGGAAUCGAUGCAACAUAGAGUAAUAUAAGGCAGCCAUAACGUAAUGCGGAACAGAGAAUGCAUUGUUUUCGAGCGAACAUUUGAUACGGAUCAGAGAAUCCACGAGCUGUUUGUGUGUGUUUGUGAGUCCCGCGCUCAUCCCGUCUUCAACCAAUCGUCAGGUGGAUCAUUUCCAUCCUACGCCAUAUCUGUCGCAUUUGCCUGUUGGAAUUUUUUGUAGCAAGCCGCUAAUAACGCAGCGAAGUUUUUUGUGUCUUUGAAGCAAAAUAAUUCGGAAGGCUUCAUUGGCCCACCAUAAAUUUGUUUAGCUUUAUGUUGAAUAUUUAAUAAUUGAAUAUUUAUUGAAUAUUGAAUCUUUACGUUGGACGUUGAAUAUUCGCGGACUUUAACACCAUUUUUCGAGGAUUUUAAGUUUGGUUAUAAGUCCGCUAAAUUUUACGCAAUUGACCUGUGCGCAACUUCGGACAAAAACACGAACUCCAAUAUCUCGAGAAAUUUGCUGCGUAAAGUCGGGAUUUCAAAUUCUUAAUGCAGAAGAACAGUUAAGUUCACUAUUUUCAAAAGACAAAUUAAAGCAAGGGGCACACAUACACCAAACCUAUGAUCCGCGUUUCCCGCGCAUAUCGUGGGAGAAAUGCCGUGAGGUUUCCAGUCAACAGUUCUCACAUGUGUUGUGUGGAGCUGGCACUGUUUUAUAAGAAACAGAAUCUCAUUUGCCAUUCUGAAAACAUCCCUCCUAUGCUUAAGGGGAUCGCGUUCAAUGACGAGAGUAAAUCUCAAUCUAAAAGAGGUGGACUUUGACUUCGAAAGAGGACUUUUAGGACGCUGGACUUUGAUUUAGAGAAAAGAUAUUGAAUAUUGCAUAUUCAAUUAUUACUACUAUUUAAUAUUCUUAUCGAUGUUGGUUCAUGUUGAAAUCGUAGUAGUUUUUUACUUCUUUUUAAGUCAUUUUAUCCUUAUUUUUCAUUUUAGGACUAUAUCGUAAUCAUUUUUACACGUAAUAGUUUUUUUUUUCAAGAAAUAAGUUUUAAAUCUUCUGCGUUUACACUGCGAAAAUGAUUAUGAUGAUGUUGAUGAAGAUUAUAAUAAUAAUGGCCUGAGCAGCCCAAAAAAUCUUCAGUAUGAAUCGGUGUAUUUCAAAAAGCUACACAAAGACCGAGCAGAACGGGGGCUGCUCUAGUGUCAACUAUUACAAGUGUGUACCUCUUUUUCACACAUUAAAGUUUCCCUUGCACAAUUAUUUCGUGUACUCUGUCGCCAAAAAGCAAAACCGUACCUUUGCGUUUUUAAGUUAGCUGGACUACGACCAAGACAGCAUCGCAGGGGGUAGUUCGGAAGUACAGUGGAACCUCGGCAUAACGAAGGACCAAGUAACCGGCAGAAUUUGUUCGCUAUACAACGAGGUGUCGUUUUAUGGAGUUUCUUUUCCGUGGGGUAAAGAAAAUCGUUAGUUACAUUAAGGAAUUCGUCAUUUAGAGGUUCGUUAUUUCGAGGUUCCGCUUGUCUGUAGUAAACAACAAUUGAACAAUUCAAGCCUUUAUAUCGGGAUGUAAUUUAUCGCUCUGUUCAAUCUAAAAACACACUUAUCACGAGUUUGAUAUCUUUGCUAAGGGAGUUAAACUAUUACGAGUACUAUCAGUAUAUUUUCUUGUCUGUAUGAAUUCCAAUUUUUGAACGAAGUCUUUGUAUUGCUAAUCCUUUUCAUUUGUUAUUUUCCCCAACAGGUUACAGCUGCCAGUAUCGAUAUGAUUCCCAGGCAUUCCUUUUCUCGCUGGUAAACAAGCCAGGAUGGACGCCUGUGAAACUGCCUCAGACAGGGAAGUAUAGUUACCACAAUGUCCACUCCAUAUACGACUGCUCGUCUUAUGGACCUACUUUCGGUGGAGGCCAUGACAUUACCAUUUAUUAUUCAUCUAGUAGCAAUUCCUAUGCCAACCUUGGCUGGACUUACAGCCCACCAAGCGGGUACAACUAUGGAAGCACCUUCACCCGAACAUUUCUGGCAGGAGGAAGUAAUCAUUAUUUUACUCCAGAUGAAGUAGAAACAUUUUACGGAACAACCUAA